AGAAGAAGUAGAAGGAGGAGGAGGAGGAGAAAAAAACUGUCCAACCCCUCAGAAGAUUUCCUGUCUCACGCAAAGCGCUCAGUGAGUCAUCCUCCAGGCCGAGUCCUGCCGGGUGUUUAUCUGCCUCUGCCCGAGCUGCGACCACAGCAGCAACAGGCGAACCGAACACAGCCGGACUUUAUCUGUCAAAAGUUAAAAUUMAUGAGAAACUGGGUCCAGUUCAGUCCGGUUCUAAAAUGGAGCUACUUCGGUUUCCCGUUUUUUGGUGUGGAACGAUAAUACUCUUCGGUAUCUCGCUCGGAGCGGCGGGUCCUGUAGCCCCCCCAGAGGAGGACUCGAUCGUGAACCCGUUUCUCUCAGACUCCCCAAGACCAAAUUUGAAGAUGAAAAGGCUGUGCAGGUUUUGUGACGUGCAGACGACCACCUGCGCAGGUAAAGGGACCUGCGAGGUGGAGUGCAACAGAACAGCCAUCUGCGCCGMCGACGACGAAAUCUGCGUCACCAUCUGGAGGAAGAAAGACGACAACGUCACCUUUGAUACGGUGUGCCACAACCCGGCUCAGAAACUGUACGGCCUGGACCUGGACGAUUACAACAACAGCAAGUGCACCAUGAAGGAGAAAAAGGGAAUGGGCUCGCAGUUCUUCAUCUGUUCCUGCAGUGAGGACGAGUGCAACAGGCACGUCUUAUUCGACCGAAAUGCUCAGUUGGUGGCCGUCAUCAUCAUCUGCCUGGUGCCUCUUCUGGUCGUGGCUUUUGUAGUCAUCGUGUUCUUCUACUGUUACCGGGUUUACCGCCAGCGCCAGGCCCACUCCAUCCACAAGAAGGGCGCGCCGCUGGACUUCAGCAACGCCCCCAUCAUGAACGACGAGGGUUCGGACAGCAGCUCCACGCACGCCAACACCCUCAACCACAACACCGAGCUGCUGCCCAUCGAGCUGGAYGCCCUGGUGGGCAAAGGGCGCUUCGCGGAGGUCUACAGAGCCAARCUGAAGCAGGGCGUCUCCAUCAGCGAGGAGAUGGGCUUUGAGACCGUGGCCGUUAAGAUCUUCACGUACGAGGAGUACGCUUCCUGGAAGAACGAGAAGGACGUUUUCUCGGAUGCGGACCUGAGGCACGAGAACGUGCUGCACUUCCUGACGGCAGAGGAGAGGAAAGYGCAGAGGCAGUACUGGCUGAUCACGGCUUACCAGCCUUUGGGAAACCUCCAAGAGUAUCUGAGCCGCCAUGUUAUCAGCUGGCACGACCUGUGGCUGCUGGGGAGUUCUCUAGCCCGCGGAGUGGCGUACCUUCACAGUGACCAGACUCCCUGUGCCCGCUGUAAGGUCUCAGUGGCCCACAGGGACAUUAAGAGCUCCAACAUCCUUGUGAAGAAAGACUUGACCUGCUGUCUUUGUGACUUUGGCCUCGCUCUGCGGCUGGACAGCUCCCUGUCAGUGGAUGAGCUGGCCAACAGCGGCCAGGUGGGCACAGCGAGAUACAUGGCCCCCGAGGUGCUGGAGUCCAGGAUCAAUCUCGAAAACAUCGAGUCUUUCAAGCAGGCUGAUGUUUAUUCCAUGGCUCUUGUUCUGUGGGAGAUGAUCUCCAGGUGCAGUGCAAUCGGAGAGGUGAAAGAGUACGAGCCUCCGUUUGGGAACCUGAGGGAACACCCGUGUGUGGAGAGCAUGAAGGACAGUGUGGUCAGAGACCGAGGACGACCGGAGAUCCCCAACAGCUGGACCAACCACACAGGCAUCCAGAUGUUGUGUGCCACCAUCGAGGAGUGCUGGGACCACGACCCGGAGGCCCGUCUGACGGCGCACUGCGUCGCCGAGCGCUUCGACAACGUGGAGUUCCUGGACAAGCUGUCGGAUCGCUCCGACUCCGAGGAGAAGCUCCCCGAGGAAAUCAUGACGGUGGACGAAAAGUAAAAAAAAAAAAAAAAGCAGACGCUCAGCGGGAACACCGCCCCCCUCAGAGCGACUGAGGCGCUACAACCAAGCCGCUCAGAAAGGAAGGACUCCCGGCAGACGCACGCUUCGCUCCGUCGCAGCAAACUGGAAUAUUCUGUACAUUACAGCAUCAGGAUGAAGUCAGGAACUAACGUGGGAGACCAAAUUAUAAUAAACACAUACUGUUUGCACUUUACAAAUAUUUAUGCACACCAAAUGAUAUGUAAUCAGUGUGUUCUGUAACGAAACAUUUCAGGUUUUUCUAAUGAAGAGAUGUUAAACCACAUGUUAAAACCAGGAUGCAGAAAGAAAACAAUGGAGGGAAAAGGGAAAACUCUUUUUUUUAUACUAAAACUGUUGGAUUUCUGUUUAAGAAACAAAAACUAAAAAAAAAUAGCUGAAAGAAAAGGAAAAGCCAUUAUAAUAUUAAAUAUUAGGAACUAUAAAAUAAAAAUGGUUAAAUCAAUAUGAAAGGAGGAAAAAGAUGCAAUCUUGUACCAAAGUCUUAUCCCACCCUGUGUUUUUAAUCAUUUCAGUGUUUUCUUGUGUCUUUACAAAGCUUUGAAUCAAAGCUCUUCGUUUCAAAACAAUAUUCUCUUAUUUCCAGUCCGGUUCUUGUGCCUGAACCUUUUCAAGAGGAUUGUGCUUCUAUAAAACGCGUAUAAAUUUAAAAAAAAAAUACAAUUUAAAUGUAUUUCAUAGGCAUUUUGUUUCCAGCACAUUUCUUUUGUAUUAAUUUAAAAAUAAUGCCAAAGAUUGCUUCAGUUUUUAUCCAAAGCUCUUUUUAUUGCACAAGUCCACUUUUGAAGAUUCCAAGAAAAUCUGGGUCAUUAGAAGCAAAAAAAAAAAAAAAACAAGGGCUGGUUUUAAGAAUUUUAUAUUAUGCUGUAUAUACAAUGUGUGUGUUCCUCAGAUUACUGAAUUUACGUGUAAAAAUCUGUUCAAACCAAAGUUAAAAGGGAACAGAAAUACUGUAAAUAGGAAGCUAAACUGGAGCAAAAACAAACUAUUCUAUAUUUUGUAUGAGUUUUUAUUUGUGUUCAUGUGUUUUUACAGACAAGUGAAGUCUCAAACAGUGCUCGGAAAUGAUGUGUAUAGGAAUUUUUGUGUAUAGAUGUAUGAAUUUAAAAAAUAAAUGGUUUUUAAUGUACUGUU